UCCAGCCUUCGAAGACAUCUCUGUCCUCAUGAGCGUCUGUUCUAAUGCAGCCAAUGGUCAUGCAGGGAUGCUCCUUCACCCUCCCCCGAUGUCAUGAGUGGCAUGCGCCCAGCCGGCCUCGUCGCAACAGCGCUUCCCACACACACUCUCAGGUUAGAAUAACCCAGGAUGCUGCUGCAUCAGCCUGUGUGAGCCAAAAACCUCCAAACGGUGCCAUUGGGCCUCCGAUGCCUCUGGAGAUGAAUCUGUGCUGGAAUGAGAUUAAAAAGAAAUCGCAUAACCUUCGAGCUCGUCUGGAGGCCUUUUCGGACCACAGCGGCAAGUUACAGGUUCCCCUGCAAGAAAUCAUAGACUGGCUCAGCCAGAAAGAUGAGGAACUCUCUGCUCAGCUGCCGCUCCGUGGAGACGUCCUCCUGGUGCAGCAGGAGAAGGAGAGGCAUGCGGCAUUCAUGGAAGAAGUGAAGUCCCGAGGUCCGUAUAUUUACUCAGUUUUGGAGUCAGCACAAGCCUUUUUGACUCAGCACCCAUUUGAAGAAGUGGAAGACUCAAAUCCUGACAGCAAAGAUGUCUCCCCAAGACACCGGAUUCAGAACAUCAGUCGAUUUGUGUGGAAACAGGCCACUGUGGCUAGUGAGCUCUGGGAAAAACUCACUGCCCGUUGUGUUGACCAACACCGCCAUAUUGAGAGGACCUUGGAGCAGCUGUUGGAGAUCAAGGGCGCCAUGGAGGACCUCAGCACCACCCUCAACCAAGCUGAAAGUGUGCGAGAGACAUGGGAACCGAUUGGAGAUCUUUUCAUUGACUCUUUGCCAGAUCACAUCCAGGCCACCAAGUUGUUCAAGGAGGAACUGUCCCCCCUGAAAGAUGGAGUGAAGGUCAUGAACGACCUUGCGCAUCAGUUAGCAAUCUCUGAUGUGCACUUGACCAUGGAGAAUUCACGGGCACUGGAGCAGAUCAACACACGCUGGAAACAGCUACAGGUCUCUGUCAAUGACCGCCUGAAACACCUUCAGGAUGCCCACCGGGACUUUGGCCCAGGAUCACAGCAUUUCCUUUCAACCUCAGUCCAAGUCCCUUGGGAACGCGCAAUUUCUCCAAAUAAAGUCCCGUACUACAUCAACCACCAGGCACAAACCACGUGCUGGGAUCAUCCCAAGAUGACCGAGUUAUAUCAAACACUGGCUGACCUAAACAACAUCAAAUUUUCUGCUUAUCGUACUGCCAUGAAAUUACGUCGCGUGCAGAAGGCCCUACGAUUGGACAUGGUGAUGCUGCCGACAGCCUUGGAAGUCUUCAAUGAGCACGAACUGCAACCCAGUGACCAUGUGAUGGAUGUGGUGGAGGUGAUCCACUGCCUGACCGCCCUCUAUGAGCGGCUUGAGGAAGAAAGGGGUAUUCUAGUAAACGUCCCGCUCUGUGUUGACAUGACCCUGAAUUGGCUGCUCAACGUUUUUGACAGCGGACGCAGUGGGAAGAUGCGGGCCCUCUCCUUCAAAACAGGGAUCGCAUGCCUGUGUGGUACGGAGGUGAAGGAAAAAUUCCAGUAUCUAUUCAGCCAAGUGGCCAAUGCCAACGGAUUCUGUGACCAGCGGCACCUCGGCCUCUUGCUUCACGAAGCCAUCCAGGUUCCGCGUCAGCUGGGGGAAGUCGCCGCCUUUGGUGGCAGCAACGUGGAGCCCAGCGUCCGCAGCUGCUUUCGCUUUGGAAAUGGGAAGCCAACCAUCGAGGCUGCCCAGUUCUUGGAAUGGGCUAACCUGGAGCCACAGUCGAUGGUGUGGAUGGCAGUCCUUCACCGAGUGACCCUUGCCGAGCAAGUAAAACACCAGACUAAGUGCUCGGUCUGCCGGCAGUGCCCGAUCAAAGGCUUCAGAUACCGCAGCUUGAAGCAAUUCAACGUGGACAUCUGCCAGACCUGCUUUUUGACGGGGCGAGCCAGCAAAGGGAACAAGCUUCAUUACCCCAUUAUGGAGUACUACACGCCAACCACCUCUAGCGAGAACAUGAGGGACUUUGCCACCACUCUGAAAAACAAGUUCCGGUCCAAGCAGUAUUUCAGCAAGCAUCCCCAGCGAGGUUACCUCCCAGUCCAGUCUGUCCUGGAGGCCGACUUCAUUGAAACGCCAGCUUCCUCUCCGAUGUUACCUCAUGCGGACACCCACUCUCGGAUUGAACACUUCGCCAGCAGGCUUGCAGAGAUGGAAAGCCAAAAUUCUUCCUUUUACAAUGACAGCCUUUCUCCAGAUGAUAGCCUAGAUGAAGACCAGUAUCUCUUGCGCCAUUCCAGCCCCAUCACGGACCGAGAACCCGUCAGCGCUCAGCCGGCCCAGGACGGCACCCAAACAGAUGACAAAGGCGAACUGGAGAGAAUCUUGGCUCACCUUGAGGAUGAAAACAGAGUUCUCCAAGGAGAGCUGAGGCGGCUGAAAUGGCAGCAUGAGGAGGCGGCAGCCACGGCAGAAGGAACUCCGGAAAUGGCUCAGGAUCCGCAUAACGAGGAGCUGCUGGCGGAGGCCCGGAUCCUUCGACAGCACAAGAGCCGUUUGGAGACACGGAUGCAGAUCCUGGAAGACCACAACAAGCAGCUUGAAUCUCAGUUGCAGCGCUUGAGAGAGCUGCUGCUGCAGCCCCCAGCAGAUGCCAAAGGAGAUACCUCUGCAGCCUCGUCCUUGGCCUCUUCUCCUCAUCCGUCUGAGGGGAGUCAGCUCAAGGAGAAAGACUCCAGUACCCCAAACACAGAAACAGCAGAUGAAGGGGAGGUGAGUACUCAAGACGUCAGUCUGUGUCUGGAGGAUAUCAUGGAGAAGCUACGGAAUGCUUUUCCCAACUCUGGAGGAGAGAGGCCACAUCCCUUGGCUUUCCUGAAGAAAUCUCUCAAGUUCUCCUAGAGGCCUUUCACAUCUAAGAAUGGGCAGCAGCUGGUCCGACUUCUCUUAUCUAAUCUCCUCCUGCAAGCAAGAAGCUUUGUCUAACCAGUUCCUUGGCAGCUGCUAUUCUCACACACACAUGCCGGUCCCCCCCCCUCAUGUGGCGGGCUUUACUCAGAUCCUUAAAAGGGGGGGGACCCUCAGCGGAAGGAAUCCUUAUGGGCUCCAGGAAAAAAAAGCAGUACUGUACUUAUUUCCUGCAGCGCAUUGUUAAGGGAAAGCCAGAGAGCCACCCAGCAUCUGGAGGAGGCGACAAUUUGGUGCUGUUUUAGAGGCUUGGAUUCAAGGAACUCUGAAAAAAUAGAGACAAAAAAGGGGUACAUGGAAAUGCCUUUGCGUGCAAACCACAAACUGUCACCAAUAAUGUUUUCCUCUCUACAGUUUGUGAACGGUUGCCUUUCAUGGCCCCCCAUUAUGGGCAGAGUCAGGAAGUGACUAUUUUCCCCGCAAGUGAACAGUCUCCAGCCUCCAUUAAAGUAGUCGUGGUUAGUUCAAGAAGGCAGGUGCAGGAAUGGUCCCAUAGUAACUGGCUGACUACUAUGUCUCUUUGAAGGGAGAAGCCAAACUUUUUUUUUUAGGAAGAGAAAGAAAAUUCUGCAUAGAAUUGGCUAUGUUGCAGAAAGGAAGUUGUGACUAGGUGUCUCCGUGUCUACUAAACUAGGUGUCUCCAAGUGUGAAAUAGCUUCGAGGAUGUCUCGUGGUGAUGGGGAAAGAGGGAGAGUGCAGGUUUUAAAAUGGCAGUAGCAGCCUUAAGGGAGAGAAACUUUAUAACAGAGAGCCUUACUGUUUUAAUUUGAAUAUUUAUAUAUAGAUAUAAAUAUACACUAUAUAUACUGUAUUUAAGUGCUGUUAUGGACUCCCUCCUGCAUUAAAUUCUAAUUCCUUGUUAAGUGUUUACUUUGGCUCUGCUGUUUUGAUCUGUUCCAAACUCUUGUUACUGUUUUGGAUUUUAAUGAUGAAGAGCAGCUCUCUUCUCUCCCGAACAUUUCACCCAAAGUGAAUCUGGAUUUUUAUGUCCAUUCUGAGAAUAGGGUGGGGCUGUGAACUGGGAAUUUCAUUUUCUUUUUUUGGCAUCUGCAAGGUUUAUUUAUAUAGGAUGAAGCACAACCCUCCGUCACUUAAUUGUUCUUACAUGAGAAAAUUUGGGAAGCAAUGUCUUGCCAUCUUGUGCAUAAUGUCAUCAAACGGGUGUAUAUCAUCUACAUUUUAAGGUGGCUGAGGGAAGCCCUACCCAGAACUUUCCAUUGGUUUCACCUUAAAAAAAUGAGCCCCUUAGUAUUUGGGCAAAAAAAAAAAAAACCUCACUAUAAGACCUCUUCCUUCAAGUUGCAAAAAAAAAAGUCCUGGACGUACAACCCUCUUACACUGGAAAAUCUUCCCCCUGCCACCUACCUUUCUGUUUGGACAAGCUACAUCUAAGACUGAGAAAAGUUUGUCCAAACACGCACACAAAAUAUGCUGAAUUGAUUCUUUUUAAAAAAAUCUCUGCUGGGUUUUCAAGUUAUGCUGGUAUGCUCCCACUGGAAUACAUAGAUUUAGUCUGCUCUGGAAGAAUCCAAAUUUGACGUAGGUGAACCACUAUGGAACAGGCAGCUUCAGAUCCUUGGUUUUGUGAGGCAAUGUUAUUUCGUAGGCAUUAUGGCAAAUGGCACUACCCACCCCACCCCAUUUCUCCAGCAAAGGAAAGGGAUGGAAUGUGGGUAAAAGGAAGGAAGGCAGACCUCGAUCUACCUGUCUAGGUGAUGGGCUACAAGCUGAAAGAAAGGGGAAAGAAACCCAGUAUUUAAAAAGAAUAAGAAAAGAAAUCAUGGGCUGUUUAAGGUCAGCUCUCAAUUAUAUUAGCAUAACAUACAGCCGGGUACAGUUACUCGAGUUCUAUGCUCAUCUGGCCUUCCACAAAGCAACAGUGAGCAAACCUCUGUCUGCAUUUCAGCCUGUGUCUGGUCGUCCUCAGGAAUCUGGAAGAUCCAGAUCAUAAUCGCUGCCCAAAGAAUGUGUCAAGAUUUCUCCCGCAGAUUGUCACAAAAUAUGCCCUAGGCCAGCCAGUUUUUGCAGCCUGCUCGUGAAUCCCCUUAAGCAAACAUCCAUAAUGGGAAAGCAGAUGAGAGUAAGGGUUAAAAAUACUCUAGGGCUGGAAUAAUUGUAUGAUUGUAGAGUAAAGGUGCUAGUAAAAAAAAUGUAGUAGUUAGCUGUGGAUUAUAAGAGCCACGAACACUGUAGAGGCAGGUUGACAGUCAGGGUCUAUUGCAGUUGUGCACAUUGUUGGAUGUUGCUUAAUGUAUUGUGUUGGUAGCAGCCUCUGUGUGGAUGUAAUAUAAUUUUUAGAACACAUGGUAAAGGGCUACCGGUUCGAAAUAUUUUUGAAAGUUGCUUGCAGACUGGAAGCUGGCCUCUGCUGUAGAGUUGGAAUAUCAUAAAAAUAACUGCAACCUUCUUUUUAAAAAGCAAGUUUGCCAAGCACAUUUUGCUUGUGUCAUGCUUGUUGGGCCACCUACUCAUGAUGUGACAUGCUGGUUCUUUGUAGCAGGCUUGUGGAUUGUCAGGAAUGGAACAAAUGUUGAAAGCAGUGUAGGUGUGAGGGUUGAUGUAGCAUGUUGCACUGUAAGUGUUGUGAGUUGUGUUACUAGACUGCUGCAGCGUGUUGUUUGUUGUGCGUUUUAUAGGAUCCCAAGAAAGAAUCAAGCCAGGGGGGUGAUUGGUCUCAGAAUAACUGGAAAAAGAUUGGAUUUUUAAGCUACUGGUCGCUAUAGGCGACCAAGUGAGCUUGAGGGAGUAUGAUGCAUGUAAAGAAUAUCCUGUUAAGAAUUUUGUUAUGGUGUCCUUUCUGAUACCAUUAUACUGUAUAUAUGACAGUUUCUCCUGGCUAGGAAUGAACCUUCUUCUGCUUGAUAUCUGAGUUUUAAACAUAUCUGCUCAACUCACUCCUGCAAUUAUUUCUGAACUGCAUUUUUGUUUUAACUUAGUCUUGGAGGAGAAUGAAAUUCCAGUUUGGAAUUGGUAGGAUGAUUUGGCUGAUUUCCUAUUUCCACUUCAUCUAAGCUAGUGGUCCUUUCCAAAACUGGCAGAGGAUCCCACCCCAUCAUCCUUGUCUGAUUUGGGAAGUUAAACAGGAUCUGGCCUGGUUAGUACUUGGGUGGGAACCACCAAGAAAUCCCAGUGAUCUCCAGCUAGGGCUAGGAGAGAACUCUGCCUGAAAUUGUGGACGAGUCGCGGCUGGUCAGAAUUGGUAAAACUGGACCAAUGGAACAAGCACAUGGUUUCAGCAUAAGGCAUCUGCCAAAGUUCCUUCAACAUCCUUUGCUAUCAGUGAAAGGAUGGACUGUGGCUAAACUGGUUGCCUCUUGCAGCUUCUUAUAUACUACAGCCUUUAAUCCAAGUAGGACGUAAAUUAGGUGGAAAGAAAGUAUGUAAUCAAGCUAGGGGCUGCUCCAGAUGGAGCAUUAGUUAUGUUUUGUUUUUAUUAUUCGACCCAGUUGUGCACUGAUGAUACUGGUAUUUUUUUCCACUGACAAUACAAGUCUUAUGCUGGUACCAACAGUGACAAGGUAUGACCAACCAACCAAAAUAUCCACCCACCCCAUCCCCCAGUUUUCCAUUAUUUACAAAACCAGUUCUUGUAGGUGGCUGUUUUUGUUUGCUUCUUUCACUUGUACCAGGAGCAAGCUUGGAGGCACAAGCUUCCUGGGGUGGAAAGCUUUCAAUUUUAAUAUUAAUCCACAGAUGACCAAAAAAAAAAA